CACUUUACUUGCUCCUUUCCUGUUGUAUUUUCUCCAGUUUCAACGACUGAAUAGUCUGGGAUCUCUAAUUUAUCACUCGUCCUCCCAGCUAUUCGAUCUCUGAGUUAACAAAAAUUAUCACCAACUAAGCCUAGAAAAACUAAGGUAAGCUUGAAGCCUCUGUCAACAGGAUUCGUUAAGAUGGCAAACCGAGCUCCAAUCAAAACAAGUAACUCAGCCCUCAUUGCCAUGAUUGCUGAUGAGGAUACAAUCACUGGAUUUUUAUUGGCCGGAGUUGGCAAUGUCGAUUUGAGGAGGAAAACUAACUACCUUAUUGUCGAUUCAAAGACAACAGUGAAGCAGAUUGAAGAUGCUUUUAAAGAAUUCACCACAAGAGAGGACAUUGCAAUAGUGUUAAUCAGCCAAUAUGUCGCAAACAUGAUCAGAUUCUUGGUUGAUAGCUACAAUAAACCAAUUCCAGCCAUUCUGGAGAUUCCUUCAAAAGACCAUCCAUAUGAUCCUGCUCAUGACUCUGUUCUUUCACGUGUGAAGUACCUCUUCUCUACUGAAUCAGUGGCAUCUGGAAGACGAUGAGAGAAAAAUGGUUUACAUAUGCCCCAAUCAUUAGUUCACCAUUUUAUUAUGCAUCUUUGUCAUCAUUGUCCUAAGAUUAUUCCUUAAUCUUGAUGAGUCUUUACUCGCCGAUUUUUUAUUUACUGCGUCUUUUUACAACCCAAGUCGUGAUGAACAUAGUGAAUAAUUUAUCUUUGCAAUAAGUCGAGUGUUUGCAACUUUACUGAGUUUGCACUUAUUA